UUUCGUGCUCUUUCUUCCUAGUGGAGGCACAAAAAGUUUGCUGUAUAACCGACUUCCAUCAAUUAUGAAUAACGCAAAUAGAACUAAUGUAUCAGCAUAAAAAAUGAAUGGUUCUAGACGCACUGAGAGUCUAAAUGCGGACGUGCGUACACUGCGAUGAUAGCUCACCGAAGGGCGAGCCUCGCGUCCUGGGCCGCAGCUCCAAGGUGAUCUGGCCGUGCGGCCUGGAGCGGCGUCAUCUAGUUGCUACGAGACCGAUGACACACUCGAGUUUUCCUACAUGAUUUUCCUUCUAACCGGGAAUUCCGAAAAAGUGUUGUUAGAAACGGAACCUGGGAAAAGCUAGCAUCUUCAGUUUAUUACCUCCACUGACAAAACUGAACAUUCAGGGCGCACGUGUGGGGAUAUGAAAACAGUUUUCCAAAAGCGGUUCCCUUUAAGAAACAGCUAUGCACAAAGGCGUUUUUCAUUUUUUCCCCCCUAGGGUUGCCUAUCUGCACCUUUAAGAAGCGGCUCUGAUUGCACGGCGCUUUUACUGUCGGCGAAACAAAUACGGGUCGUAUUCAGUCACCGCUUUUCACGGAAGCCUCCCGUUUAAUAAUAGUGCUAAUAUUGAUGCUAACAGAUCUACGCCGCUUUAUUGUUAAAUGUGCAUGAAUGGAAUUCCGGUACGAUCGGUAUUUCAGGAAAUCGACUGGGACUUGUGGCAAAACUGAAGCAACGUUGAAAGAAAUCGGCAAGAGAGCAAUAGAAACAAAAAAGGCAAAAAUGGCACAUUGAAACUAAACAACCGGCACGACUCGAACGGUUGAGCCUUGUAACCUUGUAUCGCUUCUAAAUCAUCUAAAGAUAUUAGGCUGUUUCUUUUUAUAACAUACAUAUGAUGCCUUCUAUAUAAAAAUUAAUUAAAACAAUUGCCAUCGUUAUUCUUAAAUGUUGGGAUAUUACUCAAAUCUUAAACUGCAAAGGGAGAAGGAAAGCUAUUUUUGGGAAUAAAGCAACUACUUGAAUUUGAGCAGUGGCAAAAUGUCAAGGGACUGGGAGGAAAUGAGUGAGAGCAGAAGAGCUGCAGGUAAACUGAACAGAGAAGAGACCAAUAUGGAUGAGAUGCUGGAUUCUGAUUCAUCAGUUCCUAGAGUUGAGUUUUGUGCCUCUUCUGUUACCAACAAUAAUCUUCCCUCUCACAGGACUGUUGUGAACAACAGCCCUGAGUCAAUGCUAGAUUCCUCAUCUCCUAUUUCUCUAGGUGUCAGCAACAAUGGUGGAAGUGAUUUUGAAAACCUGUUGCCUCGUUUAGGCGGAUUUGGUGCUCGCCAGCGACUCCUUUUAGGUCUUUCUUGUGUACCCAAUAUUUUUGUGGCCUUUGUGUACUUUUCUGACAGCCUUCUUACUCUGGCACCUAACCAUCACUGCCAGAUUGAUUGGGCAAUGCUACCAGCAGAACUGCGUAAUGCAAGUGAUGGGGCUAUUUUGAAUGCUACACUGCCAGUGGUCAAUGACUCCCAUCCUGGGACACCAGGAGGUGUCAGACAGAGGCAGUCACAAUGUCAACAGUUCAUUUUUGAAAAUGAAACACGGAGAGGGCCAGUUCCGUGCCAGCAAGGUUGGGUAUACUACAACAUCGAAGGCCUCAGAGACAAUAUGGUUACUCAGUGGAAUCUUGUGUGUGACAGCUACUGGAAAGUACCUGUUGAGGAAGUCUGCUUCAUCAUUGGUAUUCUUACUGGAUAUCUGCUCUUAGGAUGUGCUGCUGAUAGGUUUGGUCGUCUGAAGUCUUUCCUUUUUUCACUGUUUCUCACCGUCUUUUUUGGAGUUUUGGUCUGUGUCUCGCCAAGUCCUUCCAUUUUUAUUCUGACUCGGUUCUUUCUUGGAGCAUCAGCUGCUGGAGUCUAUCUAUGUCUGUACAUUACACGGCUGGAGCUCUGUGACCCAGCACGUAGACUUAUGGGGACUAUGAUAGCAGGACUUUUCACUAUUUCUGGACAGUUUUUGUUACUGGGCGUAGCUCUUGGAUGUCAAUCGUGGAGGGGACUGCAAGGAGCUAUUGUGGCACCACUGGCACUGUUUCUUAGCUAUGGGCUUCCAGGUGUUUUCCCAGAGUCACCACGUUGGCUGCUGGUGUCUGGUUGGCCACAGAAAGCCAAAGAAAUUCUUCAGUCAUUUUCUGAUAGUAGAGAUGAGGAAUUGUUCCGAGAACUAGACUCAGUGACCUUGUUUGAAUCAUCAGUGGCAUCCUGGGAAGUUGCUGCUAACAAACUGCUACACUGUCGGAACAUCUGGAGAAACAUCUGUAUUCUAGGUUUCACUUCCUUCAUCUCUCAUGGCAUUCAUCACUGCUAUGGUACAUUUCGAAGAGAUGUUCGAGGUUCCCAGACUGGUUUUUACUCUUCAUAUCUUCUUUCUGCUGGCAUGGGAGGACUGGCUUGCCUUUUUCUGUGUUUAACUGUUGAUAAAUUUGGAAGAAGAGGCAUUUUACUUCUCACCAUGACCUUGACUGGCAUUGCUUCACUGGUGUUGCUUGGGCUCAUUGAAUAUUUGAAUGAAGUGGCAAUCACCAUCUUUUCUGUCCUGGGUCUCUUCUCUUCUUAUGCAGCUGCAGCCUUGAGUGUGCUCUUUGCGGCAGAAGUCAUUCCUACUAUAGUUAGAGGAGUUGGCGUCGGACUGAUCCUCUCACUUGGAGCAGUUGGGAGACUGACCUCCCCAAUCAUGGAUCUGCAUAACCAGUAUGGCUAUUUUCUGCAUCAUGUGGUCUACGCCUCUUUGGCCCUACUUUGUAUUUUGUCCAUCAUGCUACUACCAGAAAGCAAGAGAAAGCCUUUGCCUGAAACACUACGGGAUGGCGAGCUGUACCGUCGUCCUUCACUUCUCCGCAAAAGGAGAGACAAUGUCCCUUUACUUUCCACUCCUAACCCUUCUAUCUGAAUAUCUUUUAACAGAAAAAAAACACUAACAGGAGUUUUAAAAAAUACACACUUACCAGUCAGGUAGCUUUUAUCAGUAGCUCACCAAUUAAAUCUUCAGUGUCAGACUGAUGCACCUGAUAGAGGAAUAAAUGACUCUAUGACCUCAGGCACAAUAUUGAAGCAAUCCAUUAUUCUGUAAGCCUAUGUUUAAGCUUCACAGCGCCUUUCAUAGUGAGCACUAUAAAAAAGCACUUUAUGGAGUGAUCGAUAGUACAAUAUAUUAUAGGUACUUUGCUCUCCUGACUAAAAGACAUACUUGACCUGGUUUAAGAAAAUUAGUUGAGGGCAACAGUUUCAUAGCCUCUUGAUAAAACAUACACUGAGUUGUGGCAAUCUUGAGAAAUGCAGACUCAUGUAUUAAGACAAACCAUAAAGAUUAAUUUUCAGAUAAAAAGGAAAGGGUGCCGAAAGCUUUUUUGGUCCUGCACCAAAAAUAAAAUGGACAUGCAGCUGAUUCUGAAAGAGAGUCUUGUAUUUAAUGUUUAAGUAAGACUAAAAAGUGCACAGCUGGCACAUUGCUUUCAUUGUAUAAAAAAUUAUAUAGCAUAUACUGGACAUGGAGUUAUCUGUUUGCAUUAUUGUUACCAUUCUUGUAGAAAGAAAAUAGAAAAAUCAGUUGGUUUUAAUUUUCAACUGAGCAAUCUUAAUUGAAACUGGCACUCUAGACUAUCUGCAGGUACAUUGGACGCAGAUAAACAAAACAUUGCAUACUUCCAAUUUACAUCAUGCUUAUAUUUUGGCACGUGAUAUCCACUUUAACAUUCUUAUAAAAGCAGCUGUCAACUAAUAAGUAUAAUGUUCAGGCAGAAACCCCUCUCCAGCAUGAAAAUGAAAGUUAAAAUAGAGAAUGGCUAUUUUCCUUGACGUUUUCUGGGAAUUGUAUAUACUGUAUUUAAUUUAAUGUGACAGCUUAGUUCCAGAGGUCCAGCAAGUUAAUUGUGGGUUAUAAUCAACAUAAAGGCACACGUUACAUUACAACCACCACACCACACCUUCUUGUUAUAUUUUGGAGUAUAAAUACUUCAAUCUGUCUUCACCUAUCUACUAAAUAAAUAAGUGUUUAAGAGUUGAGACCCAGAAGUUGUGCACACACAGAAAACUGCUCAGCAGAAGGAAAUCAAGUGACAGUUAAACUCUCUCUGAAAAAUCAACAUUUACAUUUAUUUACUUAGCAGAUCCUUUUAUCCAAAGCAACUUACCAAGGAGGUCAACAUAAAUGAAUUAACAUCAGUCUGGGGGACUGCUGGGAACAUGUCUUAUAGGACAAGGUUAUACAUUGAUCAUACAUAUACACAUACAUACAUAUAUAUGGGUGCUGAGCCCUUGACUACUCUGUAGGCAAGCAUUAAGGAUUUAAAUGUAACAUGUGCUACUACAGGAAGCCAAUGAAAUGAAUUGGAAAGAUCAGUGACAUGUACUAGUUGAACACUGGACUGCUGCAUUUUGAACCAUCUGCAGUGGCUUGGUGACACAUGAUGGUAUUCCUACCAGCAGAGAGUUGCAGUAGUCCAGAAGUGGCCAAAGCCUGAACCAGGAGUUGUUCUGCAUAUUCUGUCAGAUAUGGUCUGACUUUGCAGAUACUGUAUUGAGUGAAUCUGCAAGACUGUGAGACUGUAGCAACAUUGUCUUGAAGAAUGUCUUGUCAUCAAUUAUCCCUGGGUGAUUGACCAGUUAACGGCCAGGCUGAACACAGAUGGGGUGCUAAAUAGAUGGACAAGCUGGAAUAACACAGAGGUGUUCCUUCCUCCAGGUUGCAAUAUCAGUGAGAUAUGCAGAUAUUGUUGCUGAUAUUAUUUUGUCCUCUGGGGGGGAAUAACAGUUACAUCUGCACAUCAUCAAAUAAAUAUAUGUGCCUUUACUGGGUAGAUUUAAGUUAACAUUCUUUUUAAUUUGUGUUAAGUCUAUAGAAUACUAGUUUUAAAGAAAAAGCUUCACAUAAUUGUUUUUUAAAAAUUGUGGCUUCGUAGAGGGAGUUUCUAAAUACAUUGAGUGCAUAAGAAAUAGAAAAUUCUUACCAGGAAUCAAUCGCAUCUCUGGCAAAUGUCACUACUCUCUUGUAAAUACCAGAGCCAUACACACAAUACAGAUGGAUGGGUUUUAAACAAUAAAAGUUUACGGCUGAAGCCAAGACUUGUUUUUGAAAAAAAAAAAUGUUUACUAGGCCCUAUGUUAGAAAUAUUUGUCAGCUUCAGCCCAGUAAUUAGAGCCAAACUUUAGUGGGUCUCUACAGACAUACUCGGUCUAUACUUGGUGUGCUACUACCAUACUGACAAAGACACAUAGAUAGUGCACGAGUCCAUUCAGGCUUCAUGCCUGUUUUAGUUCCAAUCUAUAAAAAUACCCUCGUUGUUAAUAUUAAAAAACAAAUGUUCUCAACAAGAAGACACAGAGCAUGCAGUUGAGGUGCAGACAAAUAGACCUUACAUGUCUGAGGCAAAAAAAAGACUGACAAAUGUACCAGAGACUUUGAAAAUGUCUUUACAGACAAAACUUGCAUCAUGGCAUUCUGAUGCCUAUAAUAUCUGCCAACAGUCAAGGAAAAUUAUUGAAAGACACCACAAAUUAUUGAUCAAAUGAAGGAGUCUACCAGCAGUUAUGAAUGAGCAAUUUAAAGGAAUCUUCAUUAUAACUGAAGUUAAACUGUAAAAGCCGAACAAAAUUGUGAUCACUCAAGGGUACAACUGACGUUUUCUCUUAACUUCAUCGAAGGCUCCUUCCAUAAGAUGAUCAGCUGUGAACCUAGAAUCACAUGCUUAUGCGUCAAAAGAAAAAAACUGAUGGCUUAAACUGGCCAGCCUUGAUGUUCUUGGUUUGACCUGCUACUGACAUUAAAUUAUUAUUGGUGUGAAUAAAGUCUUUGGGCUUUAUUUUACUCUAGAAAAAGACAACAGCAUAACUGGAAAAUAAUUUUAUACAUUUCUCUGUGUGAAAUCCAAAUUAUGUAGUGAUUUACAAAUCAUUUUUUUUAUUUUGAGGCCCGCUUGCAGCUAUGUUGUUGGUAAGUAUUAACUGUAUGGACCCUUUGACUGAAGUCCCAGCAUAACCUGAAGUGCAGCAUUUUUUACAACUUUAUAACGCUGAGUUUUUUGCUUUUUGUAAUAAUGUGUUACAUGAAGGCUACAAGUGCCUUGUUGUACUUUAAUAUCUGUAAAUGUAUUAAGGACUGGAAACAUUGUAAAGCAAGUAAAACAUCUUUGAAAAUAUUUUUGUAUUCCCGACAGGCAGCACAACUUUCUCGUCAAAGCAUUUCACUUUAAACCACAGGGUUAAGUCAAUGAACAUAUUUAUUGUGCAGCUGUAAACAAUAUACACGAAAGCAACUGUAUUCUAAUCUUCUAAGUCACUUUUCAUAAGAACAUCUAUCAAAUAUACAAUAUAACAAUAACUGUGUAAAAUUCUGGCUUGUAUGCAGAAUAACUGGAAUUUAUACUUUUACAUUGAACUGAGAGAUUGUGUGCUAAUAUUGUCUCUAUACAGCCAUAAUAAUGAUAAUGACAUGAGAAAUAUAAAUGUGGUAUACUAGAUUAAUAAAAUGUUCUAA